GCUCUACAUUCCAUUCCGAGCAAAGAAUUUGUAAAUGCCAGCCGAGAAAGAAAAAUGGCAAAGAGGAGCUGUGCAUCGCACAGCCUCCAGCUCUCCCGUUAUAUAAGGAGCCACCAUGGCCGUCUCAGCCCAAUCGCCUUGUGUUCUCUCAGCUCUAGCGUCGUCCCUCCCCAAGAACCCGCCGCCGCCGCCGCCACUUCCAAGAGUCUCGAGGUCUCCAUCGACCGAAGCAGCGGGAGCAUGAAGCGCCUGCUCAGACGGCUCUCCCGCGUGGCCGCGGCCGACGCCUGCGCCGCCGCCGCAUACCAGCCGCUCCGGCACGACACGGUCGGGAAGGCCUCCUCCACGGCCGCUUCGUCGUCCUCAUCGUUCUUCGGCGCUCGAAGGCUCGGCCGCGGCGCGCGGGUGCCGGAAGGGCACGUGCCGGUGUGCGUCGGCGAGGAGGGCGGCCCCGUCGAGCGCUUCGCCGUGCGCGCCGAGCUCCUGGGCCAGCCGGCGUUCAAGGCCCUGCUCCGGCGAGCCGCGCAGGAGUACGGCUACGGCCACCCGGGCGCGCUCCGCAUCCCCUGCGCCGUGGCCAACUUCCGCCGCCUCCUCCUCGGCCUCACUGGCCCCGGCUGCCAGGCCACCGACGACGACGACGCCGCGCUCUACUACUAGCCUAGCGCUUCUUCCCCGUUUCACCCUCCUCGCUAGGCUGCCAUGGAGGGCUUGAUUGGAAAUUGGCCCCCUGGCAAAGGCAAAUGUGGGUGAACCAGCAGAGCCAAUCACCAGCUGCUGCGUUCUGACCGAUAUGCCCCCUGCGUGGAUGUUGUACAUACGGAAGUCUCAUCGUGUUGGUGGAGGGUAGGACGGGGAUUCCGCCGCAUUCGUCUUCUUCUUCUUCUCAGUGUUCUUCUAGCUAGCUCUAGAUCUAGUUCUGGUAGCUGCAGUGGAGCUUCUUCUUCCUCUUCUUUUGGUAGGGAUUUUGAGGUCUUGACAACACAUCAUGUAAGCCGCGGGCCUCAUGUGAGUGAAAUGGAUGAUUUUGCUACUGCAAAA